AGAUUUACAAAAAAAGAGAUGAUGAUGCCAACUGGGUUUAGAUUCAAUCCGACAGAUGCGGAGCUCAUUGAAAUUUUGGAAAGAAAAGUUUCUGGGCAAGAGAUGCCUGUGCAUGAUGCGUUCAUUAUCGAAAGAAAUGUCUAUGAGCUUGAUCCACAAGAUCUUCUAUGGGAUCCAACGGUGGUGUUAUCAGACAAUGAGAGAUACUGCUAUUACAUAAGGGCGACAGAUUCCAGAGAAGUAAUUGGUCGAGGAUGGUGGAGAGCUACCGGCCAUGUUAAGAAAAUUUAUGCUAAUAAUAAUGAACAUAUUGAACAUGUGGUGGGUUACAAGAGGCCUCUAACAUUUGUCAAAUUUACUGAUAAUGAAAGAAAGCGAAAAAAUGCCUUCAAAACUAAUUGGAUUAUGCACGAAUAUAGCCUCGACUCCAACUCAACGGAAUGGAGACUCUGUAAGAUCAUAUAUAAAGGAAAAGCAAGUAUGAAAGAACUGGAUAAUACUAAAAAUGACUACACAUUGAGUAUUAAUGAUUUAGGAGGCAGUUGCAACAGUUCAAUAAUAAUGGUGAUGCAGCCAAAUUUUAUUGGUGAAGAAGAACAGGAGCAACCACAAAGCUUGGAGCUAGACAAUUUAUAUGAAUAUGAUCCUCAUUCUGAAGCCAUCAGCAGUUCAAUAACGGUGAUGCAGCUUGAUUUUAUUGGUGAAGAAGAGCAGCAAUUACCACAAAUCUUAAAUCUAGACGACAAUGUUUACGAAACAUUUUCUGAAGCAAGCAGCUCAAUGGACAUGCAGCUUUUACAGGCUUUGCAGCUGGAAAACGAAGGAAAUGAAUCUCAUUUCAAGCAAAAUAUGCAAAUGGAAGAGACGGAUGUUCAACAACAACAACAAUCGAAUGCUUCAUAUGAUCCAAUCUUAACUCACAUUGCUUAUUCAAACUAUUUCUCCGAUGUGUCGGAUGAAUUAUUUCCUAGCCUUUGGUCUUAUUAGCUUUUUGAGUGAAAUUUAUUUGAUUUUUUAGUUUUUGUAUAGAAAUUUAAGUUCGAGGAUUGAUUCAUUUUACAACAAUGUUAUAUGUGUUUAGUUUUGAAGA